AUGGUUACAAUACUCAAAAGCUCAGUUGUGUGGUCAGAGAACGUUUAUGUCCGUUCAACGAUGGGAUUUCUGUUGGGAAUUGUUAUUGCUGUUGCGCUUGCUUCAGUUGUGGGAAGAUCAGCCGCCUCUAUCGAAAAUAUGAUAAGGGAGCAAGGAUAUCCCUUCGAAAAACACUCUGUGGUCACCGAUGAUGGAUACAUCUUGACUCUUCACAGGAUACCCCACGGAAAGAACCAAUCGGGGAAGGUAGGACGACCUGUGCUGCUGUGGCAUGCCAUCCUUUGUAGUUCGGACGUCUGGGUUGUGUCGAGGCCUGACAAGGCUUUGGCUUUCAUUCUGGCUGAUAAAGGCUACGAUGUGUGGAUGGCUAAUAGUAGGGGAAACACCCACAGUAGGAAGCACAAGACUUUAAGUCUCCAAAGCGCCGAAUAUUGGAAUUUCAGCUUCCAUGAGAUAGGUUACUACGACGUGCCGGCUUGCAUAGAUUACAUCCUCCAGCAAACAGGCCACAACAGUCUCCAGUACAUAGGCCACUCCCAGGGAACGACCAUCUUCUUCGUCCUCGCUUCGACAAGGCCGGAGUACAACAAGAAGAUCUCUCAUAUGACUGCACUUGCCCCGAUAGCUUUCUUGGGCAAUACGAAUGGUAUAAUUCGAGUGCUGUUUUUUUUCUCGCCUAUAGUGGAGGUAUUCUAUCAAGUCACUGGUACUUACGAAUUUCUAACUGGCACAUCGAUUGUCCAUCCGAUAGCGAAAGGAAUAUGCUUACCGGAUACGGUCUUAGGGAAUCUUUGUAAUAACAUUAUCUAUCUAAGUGUUGGAUACGAUUCACAGCAGUGGAAUAUGACAUUGGCGUACAACGUCUACGACUUUAUACCAGCAGGAAGUUCUGUCAAACAGUUUUCGCACUAUUCCCAGAUAGCUAAAAGUGGUGGAUCCUUUCGAAAAUACGACUACUCCUACUCAAAAAAUUUUGAGAUUUACUCCCAAUAUGAACCUCCCAACUACGACUUAUCCAAAAUCACAAUUCCGGUUACUCUCUACUACGGUAAAAACGAUUGGCUUUCAAGAGUACAGGACGUGAUGAAGUUGCAGUCUAAACUUCCGAACAGCAUUGCCAAACUCGUUCCGUAUCCAGCCUUCAAUCACUUGGACUUCUUGUGGGCCAACGACGUGGUCCCUCUUUUGUAUGAAGAUCUAGUAGAAAACAUGGAGAAAUAUUAGAUUUUCGAUAAUGUUUCGGGAAAUUUCCAUAACAAUGCUAGUUUCCCAAAAUCAUCAAACCAUGGACUACAACUGUUCCUGAAACCAUCAUAGUAUCCAUGGGAAAAUCAUGAGUUAUCAGUUUGUUACGAACAGCUUCUAUGACCAUCAAAGGGUGGUAAUGUCUAUAUCAUAUGUCUUUGGCUUAUGCUCUUGGAUCGCGGAAUAAGAAAUAUUUGAUGUUACUGAUUAAAAUACGAAGCAUGGCUAUUGAUAGGUUUUGAAAUAUCCAAAUCUCAAACGACUCGGAAGAAAAUCUUUUCUUCUUUCAACUACAGAUAGAGAAAAAAGACAUGGAUCAUAUUAUAACUAUAUUUAUAUAUUCUUGUUUGAUCAUACAAUCUAAAAUUGAAUCCUAGGGAAAUUUAAUUCAAGUUUUUUAAUCGCUGUUUUACACUGAAUAAUUCAAUUCAAACUUCUGAAAAUUUUCUCAUUUAAGGUUUAGAAAAAGUAAACAAGGUAUUGCGAAGAAAAAAAUAUUUAAACAAUUAUUCCAAGCGAAAAUCCCAAUUCUUUCUCAAAAUACCACUUAACAUGCUCUUUCACUUAGUACUUCAUUUAUUAUUAUAUUAUAUUAAUAUUAUUUUUAAAUUCCGAUGCUAACCAAAUUACAACAAAAAUAAUUAGACAUAUUAUUAUAGACAUAUCGAACAUUAUGGAUCUCUUUUUCUAUUUGUAUUUUUUUUAUAAUAAGACUUAACUUAUUAUCUGAUAUGGUCCUUUUUUUUUAAAGGAGAGUGAAUGAUAUGUAAAAAGGAUUUGUACUUAUUUAUUCAUUAGUUAUAAGAUUCCUUUAUAGUUUUUAUAUAAAUGAAAUAAAAUUGAAAAAAAAGAGACAACAAAUGUGUAGAAAAAUAAACUUUUUGUUAAAUUACAAUAAAUUUAUUUAAAUGUUUAAGCUAGGAAUUCUCAAAAUAAAAUUUUAUAUUUAUUUCAUUUUGAAAUAUCCAGAACCUAAUUUUAUCUAUCAUUUUUUCAUUGAAGAAUCUCCCAACAGGUGCUAUAAGCAGGAAACAUGCUUCAAGAGAACCUUAUCCUAGUGAAAAUAAACCAAAAAAAUAAAUAAAUAAAACAACAGACAUAAAUUAAUCAUUCAGGAUUUUGCCUGAAAAUACAAUUUGUAUUAUUAUUAUUAUUAUCACAGGCUAAUUUUUCAUACCUAUACAUAGAUAUGAGGCAAACAUGAAUGAAAUAAAAAAGUAAAGGUGAUAAUAAAAUUGAAAAAAAAAAAUUAUUAAAUUAAAAAAAAAGUUUUUGAUGGUUGAACCACCUUGAAUCACAAAAAAUAAAUUAUUAUUUGGGUUGCCUCCAAAUUUAUUUUGUGGCCUUAGUUUGAAAAGGUUCCAACUAACUUUGGGGAAAUUGAGUUAUCACUCAGAAAUAACUUAUAACAAAGUUAUCCAUGUUCCAAAUGAAUUUUAGUGUCAUCAGUUGAAAGACAAAGAAACCAGCAAUGUGAUUUUAACUACAGCCAACUUUUGAAAAUUGUUUGAGAAGGUUUUAACUGCUAUAACAUGUAGGUGUACAUCAUAUAUAAUUAUUUUAAUGAGAGUUAAAUUAUAUCAUUUAUAUUAUUAGUAAAGAUCUGUUCUUUGUAAAUCACAUAUUUGCAUCGGUUAUUUCAGAAACGACAUAUGUGAAAUUUUCAUAAUUUUUAGAAAAACUACGAACAACUGUAUUCUGCUAAUAUUCUAGAAGAUAAAAAAGAUAAAAACAAAUAUGUAGUGUAAACAAACAAAUUUUGCAAUAUUUAUGUUGGUUUUUGCAAUGUAUAUAUAAUAAGAUUAUCAGAAAUAUAUAUAUUUUUAAUUUUACUUUGUUAUUGUUAAUGUAAGAAAACAGAUUUCUUUAUUUUUUAUUUAAUCAUAUCUGCAUGGGUAAUGAUUUAAAAGUGGAGUAUUGCUUCUGAAAUAAAUAACCUUUAUUGCAUUUAACUUAAUAAUUAUAAAAUAAUUUAAUAAAUCAAUUGGUAAAAAGAAAUAAAAUGUACGAAAUAUUUUUAUUUAAUUCCGAUUUUUCAAUUCUUCAUACCCUCC